AUGGGACGUAGAAUCCGUGUCCAGAGGAAAGGAGCUGGUGGCAUCUUCAAAAGCCACAAUAAGCACCGCAAAGGUGCCUCUAAACUUCGUCCGCUCGACUAUGCUGAACGUCACGGAUACAUCAAGGGCGUCGUGAAGGACAUCAUCCACGAUCCUGGCCGAGGUGCUCCCCUCGCCAUCAUCGCCUUCAGAGACCCUUACAAGUACAAAACGGUCAAGAGCACCGUUGUUGCUGCUGAGGGAAUGCACACCGGACAAUUCAUCUACUGUGGUUCCAAAGGUAAUUUUUUAAUAAUUGCUACUGAAAUUUGAUUGGUUAUUUUUAGCCCAGGUUCAAAUCGGAAACAUCGUUCCUGUUGGCCAACUUCCUGAAGGAACCACAAUUUGCAACGUCGAGAACAAGACUGGCGAUCGAGGUGUUUUGGCUCGCGCUUCUGGUAAUCUCGUUUUAAAUUUCUAUCUUUUAUGAUAUUAAUGAUGAACAGGCAACUACGCCACGGUUAUUGCACACAACCCUGACACCAGGAAGACUCGUAUUCGUCUGCCUUCUGGUGCCAAGAAAGUCGUUCAAUCUGCUAACCGCGCCAUGAUCGGUUUGUUCAUUAGCUUUCUCACUUAGAAGAAGAUAGUCCAGCGCUGCUUUUGAAUUAAUAUGACGCUACUUCAACAAAGAAAAUUUCAUUUUUCUCGAAAACUGCUCGAAGCACAGCAUAGUUGUGUUAAAACUAAUGCGGCGUUCUGAGUGAUUUCCGCGAAACUCAAAACCUUUUUUCACUUUUCAAAAUGCAAUAGUCCUGUACACUCUGACGGCUAUCUUUAUUUGCGGAAUCACUUAAAACUCGGUCUAAGGAACGCUUAGCAAAAAAAAAAAAGCUCUGACCUGGAGCGCCUGAAGGCGCUUAAAUGUUUCUCUGCCGCAUGUUAUUUCGCCGUUUUCUCGCAGUCAGAGAGAGUGAAAAAAAGCAUGCGCCAAAAAAAAAAAACUCGGCCGCGCCUUUAGCAGCUCCAGUUCAGAGAAAAAAAAAGUUUGACCUGAGGCGGUGUGCAAGAAAGGGGAAAAUGAUUUUCCGACAUUUUCCUGAAACUUUAAAAGGACUACAACAAGUUAUUUUAGGCUGAAAUUGUUUCUUCCCUAAUCUUGUUAUAAAGCCUUGUUACAUCAGAUAAAGUCGAAAUCACUGAUAUCUCAGCGAGUUUCAGGGCUUUUCUAUUUCCAGAAAAUUGGCGAAAAAUCAUUUUUCACUUUAUUGCAUGCUAUUUUGAGACGUACAUGAGCAGACCAUUUUCUGAGGCGCUGUCCUUUUUUCCCGAGUUCCUGAGUUGAAGUCAGUACUAUUUCCAGAAGUUUUUCCUGUCAAACCUCUGGUGUUAUUCUUUCUCAUUCUUAUACUCUACUUUGAAAUUUUUUGUGAGUCAACCCCUCCUUCCAGACUUAUUCAGUUGUUUACCUGCCAUCAUAGGUAGAACUGGAAAGUUCAUUUGAAGAUCCUGACAGGGAUCUAAUGCCGUGGUCAAAGUAAUUUCGGCUAUUUCAAAAUAGACGCGUUAUUCGUUUAAAAGGAUUUCGGAAAAUAGGCGGAAUUGGUAUUCUGGUAAGGUGAGUCCUACAACGAUAUAUCGUUGGAUACGCAUUUUUACGGUGAGUCUUACGCGCGAAUUUGAAAUUUCAGUAGAAAAUGCCUACAUAGUUCCAAAAUUUUGAGUUACCGCGAAGAAAUUACGGUAAAAAUGCAUAUUUAACGAUAUAUCGUUGUAGGACUCACUUUUUCUGCGCAUUCUCGGAAUAGCAAUUUUGCCUAUUUCCUGAAUUCAUUUUGAACAAAUAACGCGUCUAUUUUGAAAUCGCCGAAAUUACUUUGAAAAUGGCUUUAAAAAAGCUCUUUAAAAGCUCUUGGAAUAUGAAAAAACGCUUUUGAGCUACCUUUUAAAGGCCUCAUCCUUUUUGAAUCCAUCUCGAAACGUUUUAGUUGCUUUCCAGCUUUUUUUUUUGUUGAAGGAUGUGAAAAAGAUGCAAAAAUAAAAUACAAAAGAUCUGCUGGGGACCCUUACGGAGUCUUUUAUUUUUAACUUGAUAACCAUAUUUUUUAUUUCAAGUUUAUUGAUAUCGAAAAUUUUGCGAAAUUCAAAGUAGCCGCCGGAGAGUGAGAAGAAUGAUUAAUUUUUUUAUUAUUAUUAUUGAGAAACGUCCGCUUCACGUUACCAAUGUCCUUGAAGGUUUUUGGAGAGUCAUACGUGUACAGAGCUUUUUUGACGCGUGCCGCGAAACAGUUUUUCUGGUUCAGCCGCUCGAGCCGUACAUUUUUUAUCGAGCACAUAAAGAGAAAAACCGAUGAAAUGAGAUAUUAAUCCAAAAAUUCAAUAGUUCCCUAAGUGGCCAGAACAAUUUACAGAACUAGAGUAAACAAAUUAAUAAAAUUUUUCAUGGAUCAUAAAUAACUUAAAAAGUUUCAUUUUCAAUAUAAAAAAACUAAAAUAAAAAAACAAAAAAAUACGGAAAAAUCCUCGCGCUCGCUUCGGGGGCCUGAAUGAAAACCGCUUCGCGGGCCGGGGCGCGUCGCGGUCGGGUCGGGGCGGCCUCGGCCAGGGUCGCCCCGACUUGAGAACAGCUCUGCAAAAAAGCUUUGAAAUAUUGAAGGAGCAAUACAUGAUUGAAAAGUCACAAUGGUCUCUCAAUAUUUGAACGCAUUUUAGCUUUCGAAGAUUUGGAAACCUCUUAUGAUGUCUUCGAAAUAAUUUUCGCGAAAUGCAAAGUGAUCUCUUCAAAGUUUAGUUAUCUUUUUCUGUCUCCUACGGCUAUUUUGGAUUUUGCGAAAUCAUUUUGAACCCCAAAUUAUCGUCUAAUUUUCCCGCACUUUACUUCGUAUGGUUUCGAUUGUAAAGGAAAGAUGGCGUUUUCAGGACUCGUUGCCGGUGGUGGCCGUACUGACAAGCCUCUCUUGAAGGCUGGAAGGUCAUACCACAAGUACAAGGCCAAGAGAAACAGCUGGCCGCGAGUGCGUGGUGUUGCCAUGAACCCCGUUGAGCAUCCUCACGGAGGUGGUAACCAUCAACACAUCGGUCAUCCAUCUACUGUUAGAAGAGAUGCCAGCGCAGGAAAGAAGGUAUUUUUUUCUCUUUUUUUCGUGUUAGCAUGUGUCCUCUUUCAUUGAUGUCGUUGCUAAUAAAGCUACAUCUUUCCAUGGAGGGCGAAAUAAUAGUUUGUCACUUACCUCCUUUCUUAAAUUUAUAUUUUGAAAGGUCAUACCGUGCAAAAACAUUUGAUUAAGGUUGGUCUUAUUGCUGCUCGUCGUACCGGAAGAAUUCGGGGAGGAAAGCCAGUCAAGGUCACGAAGGAAGAAACUGUUUAA